AUGGCUCAACAGAGCCCAUCCUCAGAGCUCAUCUCUUGUAUCCAUCAUCUUGCUGAGCUGUUGAAAAAUCUGCCUACAGCCCUUCCACUUAACCCUCUGAGUUCGCAAUAUGGGUUUGGCCUCAACACUGAACUUGUAGAGGAGGAGGGAGUUUGGUUUGCAUUCAAUAGGAACCUUGAAGUCUGCUUUAAGACUCACAAACUUGGGCCAAAUGGAACCAUUUUGGAGAAGGACUCUGAACAAGAAUUCCUGCAUGAAGUAUGGCUCAAGAGACUCAUAACAGCCACAAAACUACAGGGUGCAAAAAUUCCUGUGAAGCACAAAAAUCCAAUGAAUAUUGAUGACAACGUCAGUUCUAGUCCUGAAAAACAGGCAAAAACCCAAUGUGCAAAGCCUGCGAGAAGUGGUUCAUUUUCGAGUGUCAUGGAGACCAGCAAAGAUUCAUCAGAUGGUGGCAAGCAAAUGGAAUCAUGCACCAUUCCAAUUCAAUCCAGUUGUACAUUGAAGGUUGAAUUAUCUGGAAAAAUUAAGCCUACACCUCCUAACUGGAGUACCACUGUGCCAACUCAGCUCACUUUUGACAACUUGAGGUGGAAACCACUUGAAACUGAGAGGGAGAAGAAGUUGCAGUGGGAGAGGCUAGAUGCCUUGACACGAGAAUCCUGGGAAGAGAAGCAAACCAAGGAAGAAGAAGAAUGGGUGGAAGCUGCUGUCACUGCUGAAAAGAGACAAAAUGAACCUCCUAUCAAUCAGGCAUUGCGAGAAAACUCUGCAUCUAUGACUCCAUUAGAUGUGGAAUGGCACAAGCAGACAAACUGGUAUCACCCUCUCCUUUGGAUUCAUAUUGAUGCAGCUGCUCAUAAAUUUGAUUGGUCACCACAAGCCAUUACCAAGGGACUUGAGAGAGAGCAUCCAGCCCUUUUUUUGCAUCUGAACAAAGGCACUGUUCAAAAGUGGAUAGACAAGGGCUCAAAGCAACAAUGGUCCGAGGUGAUCCUUGAAAAUGUGCAGCAUUGUCAUGCACUGGCUGGAUUGGGGCAGUCUGGUGUGCUGGCAAAGCAUCUGAAUGUUGUAAAGGAGAUCAUGGAGAAGCUUCAGGCACUGUGUAAAUCAGGUCUUGUAGUCAAUGUCAUCAUUGGAAGAGCAAUCAUGUUAGCAGUGAUCAAUAAUCAAGCUCUUGAUUUACUUACACUGUUCAAGUGUUCUGAGAGUUUUGUUCGCUCAUUUUUUGAGAGUGUGCUUGACUGGACUCCUCACAAGGGAACCUGUGUUGCUGCCAAGCUUCCAUCAGAUGCUGAGGAUAAAUGCAAAGAGUGUUUUUUCUGCCUUGUAUAUAUUAUUAAAUGGCAUUCAGUACCUCCAAAGUUGGUGGUAGGCUUUGACCAAAUUGGUGUUUAUAUCCUUCUGAGCAGUGGUACCACCUUUGUGGAAUGUGGCUCAAAGCAGGUUGAUAUUGUUGUGAAGGAUGAGAACCACCUGAAGCUUCACGACGAGAUCAAAAAUCACACAGGUAUCAUUCAUGGCCUGAAGGAUGAACCACCUGAGUCUCAGCUUGAUGCUGAAGCUGGUGGUGAUGACACUGACAUGCCUUGUAGCGCUGUCAUUCAGGAUAUUUUCAGGAUCGAGGGGGUCGAUGUUGCAGUUGCAGACACUGCACAGUUUUGUGUCUAUGAUGUACAGCGAGAUACACCAGAAGUCAUAAAUUGCACCCUAGAAGGCACUACCUCAGACACUGGAGAAUAUGAAGCUGACUUAGACUCACUACCAGGAGCUCCUAAUCCAGACAUUAUCAUCUGGCCCACCGAAGAAGUUCCAUCUCCCCCACCCAAUCCAACAGAACAGAUUUAG